AUGUCACGUGCUUGUAAAAUAGACUCACAUAAUACUAGCACUAAAACUUUUUUUAAUUUCACCUACAAAAGAUAUCGCUUUCACUUUGGAAUUUAUACUCCUUGUUCUCAUAAUCAUAUAACCCCUGGAUUCUCUGACUAUACUUCUGCUAAAAGUAUUUGUAAAGUACCAGCGCUGUUCUUGAUGUCCGACUUUAGAAGAGCUUGCGUCUUACAUCAACCAGCAUUCUUUAAAAAUGAUGUGUUUACACAUAUUAAAAACCCUAAAAAAGAAUUAAAUAUUGACAUCACAGACCCUUCAAUAACCCCAAAGGUUUAUCAUGCUAACCUUUUAUACACUCACUGGAAUACACACAGAACAAAAAGAAUUUACUCUCGAAGAUCUGGAAUUUCUUACGAAAAAACGAUUCACGCUCAUGAUCGUUAUUCAAUUAAUCACCUUAAUAAUAAACAUAUAUACAGAAAGAGACUUAGUAAUUUUUCCUUUCGAAGAAGUCAUAACCCUCGUGUGAGCAAGGCUCAAGAGAUUCGUUUUGAGUCGUCGGGCUGGAUGUGGGAGGUGCAAGCACCACCCACCUCCGGGUUUACGACCCGUCGCAAAAACAAUAGAAAAGGAAGCAAUAAAGGAUAUAAUGAGAGGGUUGUCCCAGAUGUGGCAGAUGUGGCAGAUGUUUCAGAAAAAUUAUGA